UAGAUCCAGUGAUCUGAACCGGCUUCGAUGUGGCGCACGGGCAUACUAUUCAGUGGGCCAGGAAAGUUGUACAGUUGGCGAUACAGUGUAUCUUGAUCCAAGUAUUGUAUUUCACGUUCGGUGUGGGCUGUGCAGCGCUGGACCUUGCGGAUUGCCAGAUUUUCCACUGAGAAGUAAAUCAAGGUAGUUCGGACCUAACUAAUUUACUUAGGGCUUAGCAGUGUAAUCAUCACGUGGACGCUCAGAUCGCUCUAGCGUCCUUUCUGGAAGUAUACGACACAGGCUUAGUGGGGUGGACCCAUUGAUCAAUAGAACUAUUUUAUAACAAUUCUGAAACGCACCCCGACUGAAGCGACUACGUGCUACGUAGCUCCAUGCCUUGCCAUCCAUAGCGCUACACCAGUACGAACCGGUCUGGAACGUCCGCCAUUUGCUGGAGCUCAAGCAGGCUGAACGCACACAGUUGUUUGCAAUGGCAUGGAGCACGUACUUUCGUCUCUGUACCGUAUUGACGGCAAUAGUGCAAGUUUACGCUCAGCGGUAUGACUAUGCCUUUCACUUCAACUGCAAUACCGCUUCUGGACUGUACUAUAUCAGCUCAAGCACAUGGAGAUCUACUUUGAUGGCCGAGGCUGACAAUAUCUGUACCCAGUCAAAUCGCUAUACUCUGGUCAAUUCGUCGGAUACAUCUACAGCGUGCUUCGGUAACUACCUGGCGCAUAUCUACUCUCAGAUUGGUAAUACAACAGUGUAUACGUCGACAGGCAAUGGAGGUGUAUCCUGCUACCCGCCAGCUAGCCCUUGCCCACCAACAGCGCUGGUCAUAUGCAAACAAAAUCUGGUGGCAGCCAGCCCUCAGUCUACAAGCCCCAAAUGCCCUGCAAACCUGACGCUAGCCAAUGCGAUUGUGACGUAUCCGUCCGGACUGAGAUUCCCAUCAGUGGCGUACUACACAUGUGCGCCUGGGUACAGGUUCAGCGGCUACAGGAACUAUGCUGACUGCGAUACGCUUGGCAUGUGGCUGCUAACAGACGGGAAAUUCUGCUCCUCAAUACAAUGCCAAGGCGCACUGCCUGCACCAGUCAAUGGUACCGUGUCUCCAGGAGGAAUGCAUUACCUAUCGACUCGCACGUACUCAUGCAAUUUGGGAUUCCAUUUGGUUGGACAGAAUACUACAUUUUGCCAAGCAGAUACGCAAUGGUCUGGUAGCACACCAACUUGCGCAGACAUCACAUGCAAGAUUCCCACUAUUCCAAAUGGCAAUGUGCAAGCUAGCAGUCAAUCCCUAGUUCUCCCGGGUACUUUCAUAUUCAUCAGCUGCAUGGAAGGAUACGUGUCAAUAGGAGCCAAUAUUGCAACUUGCCAGGCUAAUCAAACCUGGUCGGCAUUGCCUACGUGCUCACGGUUGACGACGCAGUCAAGGAUUGACUACACUGCUGGCGGAGUCGGCGUGAUUAUUGGUGUCUUGAUCACUGGCUUGGCGUGUGCCAUAGCCAUACUGAUACACAAGCGGCGUAGAUGUGAAACCAAGCAGAGCAUGGAGAAGUCGAAAAAUGAGUUACCAAUGGUAGAACCUCCCCCAGUCAUAAUGAAAACGAUGACGCAAAGCCCAGCCUAUGAAGCAGCUGUCACGUCUCAGGCAGUGCCCACUUACGAGGUCCUGCCUUCAUCAAUGGCAGACAGGCCAUUGCCUGCGCUGUACUAAAUUUUAACGUGUUCAAUCAUGCCAAUUUGGUCAAUCGCUGCAUAGGCAUACUUCCUUUGACGUUGCUCUUCAGCUUGUAGUUUGUGUGAAAGCCUUUUUCUUACUCUUGUGGCUUACCCUACAUGUAUGCUAUUUGUCCAUUGCUGAUAUCAUCGCAAAUCAGGAGAACAAUCAGUUUGGAUCCAAAGGUGCAUGUUUCCAAUAGACCUAGGGUCCCCCUCCCCCAAAAGCCCUCCCCUCCCCUGGAUUCGCCCACAGCAUUCCUUUCUCAUGGCUUAAUAUUGCUGAUCAGAGUUUUUAUACCAGAUGUCCACGAACCAUCAGGAUUGCUGGUUUUUUUGUGCGCUGCCAAAUCAUGCUGUGGCCACGUUUCGUGCAAUGGCUAUGUACAUGUACAUGUAUGAAAGAAUUCUAAUGAAAUGCGAUCCUUUGUAUCAGUUCA